AUGUUCAGAACGGCAACAGUUAUUUUAAUGUUAUUAUCGUGUUGUUAUUGCCUUGAUGAUAGCAGCAACGAGUUGGAGGAUGGUCGAGCUAAAAAGAAAAAAAGUCCUGCCAGACUGUGGGCUUUGCUCCUGUUCCUUGGAAUUGCGAAGGUCGCUGUGGUCAAGGUCGUUUCCUUCUUCCUCUUCGCUGCAUUCUUCCAGAAGGUCUUCUACUUCCUGGGACUAUUUCUCAAACACUACCUGAAAGCCCCGAAGGCACCACAAACAGCGUAUGGCCCACCUCAAGAUUAUAACACUGUGGGGUACAGCUACGGACCUCCAGAGCACGAAGCAUUAAUGGACCACGAGAAUCUGCCGAGCAUCACGGAGUUAGGGGGCUCAUUAAAUUGGUUAUUCAAUAAGAAUGCUAAUUAA